AACCUGAAAAACAGGCUAUUUUCUGACGAGUAUGGCGUGUUAAAGUGCGACGUUUUGAUGUGUAUCUCGCCAGAGUCUGGUUCAUAUUAUAUUCAUUGAUGUUCGGUUACGACAAGACUCGCCAUAACCGAAUGAGGAAACCACUCUGUGCUGCGUUUUCUCGCUUCCUGUAGCUCGGUCCUAGUUGUCACAUCCCCCGACGUAGAACUACAGCAGCAGCGGGGGGGGGGGGGGAAAGAAGAGAAGAAAAGCAUCAAACAGGCAUUAUGGUUGCCGGCGACCUCGUGCAGGAGCAUCUGCGCGCGGAUACCGGCGCACCUGACGACAUCGCAGUCGGCAGGAAGACUCCAGAGCUGGAGGGAGCGGCCGAGAGAUGCGCGGAGCCGACAUACGAAGCAGCAAAGACGGGCGGGGCUGGGGAGACAGACACCGACAGCAGGGCGCUGGAGCAGGAGAAGGAAGUGCCGGCGGAUGAGAGAGAGGCGAUGCUGCCUAACGGUGGAGGAGGAGAGGCGGAGGAGAAGCAGGGGACAAAGCUAGAGACUAAACUGUACCCGCGCAGGUUCGCCGUGCUCUUAGUUUUCAGCCUGUACUCUUUGGUGAACGCCUUCCAGUGGAUCCAGUACAGCAUCAUAGCCAACGUGUUCACGCGGUACUACGGGGUGACUAACGACAAGGUGGACUGGCUCUCCAUCGUCUACAUGGUCGUCUACAUUCCUCUCAUCUUCCCGGCUACCUGGCUGCUGGACCGAAAGGGUCUUCGGCUCACGGCCCUGCUUGGCGCCGGCCUCAACUGCAUCGGCGCCUGGCUGAAGUGCGCCAGCGUGAGCCCCGAGCUGUUCGGAGUCACCGUCACUGCGCAGGUCGUCUGCUCCGUGGCGCAGGUGUUCAUCCUCGGCCUGCCUUCCCGCGUCGCCUCGGUGUGGUUCGGACCCGGUGAGGUUUCCACCGCGUGCGCCGCGGCCGUGCUGGGGAACCAGUUGGGAACCGCCAUAGGCUUCCUGUUACCUCCAGUUUUGGUUCCCAACACGCCCGAGGAUGUCGCACUCACGGGUCACAACAUCAGCAUCAUGUUCUACGGCACCGCCGCUGUCUCCACCUUCCUCUUCAUCGUCGCCGUCAUAGUGAUAAAGGACCGCCCUCUCCUCCCUCCCAGUCACUCGCAGGCUGUCCUCCCAAGCUCCCUUUCUGAAGAUUACUCCUACAAACAGUCCAUCUUCAACCUGAUGAAGAAUAAAGCAUUCGUCCUCCUGCUCGUCAGCUACGGUAUAAUGACUGGCUCCUUCUACUCUGUCUCCACACUUCUCAACCAGAUGAUCAUGUCCUGCUAUGAGAACCAGGAGUUGAAUGCUGGGAGAAUUGGUCUGACUCUGGUUGUUGCUGGAAUGGUCGGCUCCAUCCUCUGUGGUCUGUGGCUGGACCACACAAAGACAUACAAGAUGACCACCCUGAUCGUGUACGGCCUGUCGUUUCUGGGCAUGGUGGUCUUCACCUUCACACUGAACCUCAACAACAUCUACCUGGUCUUCGUCACUGCUGGAGCCCUGGGGUUCUUCAUGACGGGUUAUCUGCCUCUGGGCUUUGAGUUCGGAGUGGAGAUCACCUACCCGGAGUCUGAAGGAACGUCGUCGGGACUCCUCAAUGCUUUUGCUCAGCUAUUUGGAAUCAUUUUCACGCUGAUUCAGGGCAAACUGACCACAGACUACAAGCCACUGAUUGGAAAUAUCUUCCUCUGCGCCUGGAUCUUCUUGGGAAUACUGCUCACUGCCUUAAUUAAGUCAGAACUGAAAAGACACAAUGUCAACAUGGGAGCAGACAGCAACCAGCUGCAAGCAGUUCCUACUGAGUGUCCCGGGGACUGCCCUUCAGAAAAGAAAACCAACGGAGUCAAGAUGGAACAGUCCAUCAGCUUCUCCCGCGAAACGACGCUGUGACCGGCCAAGUCACUGGAUUGCAGCACGACCAAAGAAACUCCCUGCUGUCCUGGGAAACUGGUCGGCACCGCACUCGCAAAUGUGAAAUACCUCGCGGUGCACUUUGAUUUUUUUUUUAUUGCCAAUCUCCUAGACAAUUUGGAAAGGUGGAGGCUCUGGAUGUGAUGCUAAUUCUAAUCAAGCACAGCCACAGUAUAGAGUGGAUUCAAGCCAGGUACAUGACCAACAAGGCCCAGAGGAUCAGCGCUCCCACCUAUCCUCCGAUUUACCGAACUUUGGGUUUCAUUAAGGAUUAGUCUCGCAUUGCCAGACCUUCCUCAACAUUACUGUGGAGGAGGGUCUGGCUAGUCCACACAGCAUUAUGGGAUGGGAGAAAAA